GGCAAAUUCAUUCGAAUCCACUUCGGAGCCACAGGCAAACUGGCUUCUGCUGACAUUGAAACAUAUCUGCUUGAGAAGUCCAGAGUCACUUUCCAGCUCAAGGCAGAAAGAAGCUACCACAUAUUCUAUCAGAUCAUGUCCAACAAAAAGCCAGAGCUAAUUGACAUGCUCCUCAUUACCACCAACCCAUAUGACUACCAAUUUGUGAGUCAAGGUGAGAUCAGUGUUGCCAGCAUUAAUGACCAGGAGGAGCUGAUAGCUACAGAUAGUGCCAUUGACAUCCUGGGUUUCACUUCUGAUGAGAAAACAGCCAUUUACAAGCUGACAGGAGCAGUCAUGCACUAUGGGAACUUGAAGUUCAAGCAGAAGCAGCGUGAGGAACAGGCAGAGCCAGAUGGCACAGAAGUUGCUGACAAAGCUGCCUAUUUGAUGGGUCUGAACUCAGCUGACCUGCUCAAGGCCCUCUGCUACCCCCGAGUCAAGGUUGGGAAUGAAUAUGUGACCAAGGGUCAAACCGUGCAGCAGGUGAACAAUUCAGUGGGUGCUCUUGCAAAGGCUGUCUAUGAGAAGAUGUUUCUGUGGAUGGUUGUUCGCAUCAACCAACAGCUGGAUACGAAGCAGCCCAGACAGUACUUCAUUGGUGUCCUGGACAUUGCUGGCUUCGAGAUCUUUGAUUUCAACAGCCUGGAGCAGCUGUGCAUCAACUUCACCAAUGAGAAACUGCAACAGUUCUUCAACCACCACAUGUUUGUGCUGGAGCAGGAGGAGUACAAGAAGGAGGGAAUUGAAUGGACAUUCAUUGACUUUGGGAUGGAUCUGGCUGCCUGCAUUGAGCUCAUUGAAAAACCCAUGGGUAUCUUCUCCAUCCUGGAAGAGGAGUGCAUGUUCCCCAAGGCAACUGACACCUCUUUCAAGAACAAGCUCUAUGACCAGCAUCUGGGCAAGUCCAACAACUUCCAGAAGCCCAAGCCUGGCAAAGGCAAGGCUGAGGCCCACUUCUCCCUGGUGCACUACGCUGGUACAGUGGACUACAAUAUCACUGGCUGGCUUGAAAAGAACAAGGACCCUCUAAAUGAAACUGUCAUUGGGCUGUAUCAGAAAUCAUCUGUGAAGACACUGGCAUUACUUUUUGCCUCUGCUGGUGGAGAGGCAGAGGCUAGUGGUGGUGGUGGCAGCAAGAAAGGUGGCAAGAAGAAGGGUUCUUCCUUCCAGACGGUCUCAGCUCUUUUCCGGGAGAAUCUAAACAAGCUGAUGACCAAUCUACUGAGCACUCACCCCCAUUUUGUCCGUUGCAUCAUCCCAAAUGAAACAAAAACACCUGGAGCCAUGGAGCAUGAACUGGUACUUCACCAGCUG